CGCGAUGAAAAGAACUACCCCCCUUUCCCUCUCCGCCUCAAGAACCCAUCGUGUCAACUUCCCUCCCAUAGUAAAAAUCACCAAUGGCACAUUCUACACCCGCCACCCCUCCUCCCGGCCACGCCCAGGGCAAGAACCAUCCAAGUCCAGUGUCAAUUCUUCUCCCAAUCCCCCCUUAUUCCAAAACCUCACCCUUUCUCUACCUUCUUUUUCAACCCCAAACGAGCACUGGGCCAUUCUAAGCCCCUCCUCCACAAUCCGCACAGCCUUCCUCCACGUCCUCCGUGGCCAGCUUCUCUGCUUUCCCCCUACCGCCCGCUCCUACCCCUACCUUAGCACCCCCAACGCCUCCUUCAAAUCCCGCACGCCCGACCGUGCCCUCGCGUACGUCGGUUUUGACGUCGAACGGCGCGCCUUCGGCGGCGCGUACCUCAGCGCACGCUAUGAGUCGCACCGCGAAGCCGGGGAUGUGUCGCUAGCGCGGUACCUGUCCGGGGUCACGGGGUUGAACGAGGGUGAGGAGUUUGUGCGGGCGCGUUUACCACCGGAGGAGGUGCUGGCACGAGUAGUGAAGGACCUGGAGCUGGAGAGGUUUGUGCAGAAGCCGGUGAGCACGCUGAGCAACGGGCAGAGCCGGCGGGCGCGAAUUGGAAAGGCGUUGUUGAGCGCGCCGGAGAUGUUGUUGUUGGAUGCGCCAUUUAUUGGCCUCGACCCCUUCGUCUCGAAGCAUAUAUCUCAAGUCUUGCAUCGGCUCGCCGAAUCGAACGCUCCCCGCGUUGUCCUCUCACUGCGUCCGCAAGACGUCGUUCCGGAUUGGAUCACCCACAUCGUCUAUGCCGGCGAGGACGGCAAAGUUGAUACAUUAGGUCCGAAGGCUGAAGUUUUCCGCUACUUGAAAAACAAGUAUGAAACCGCCGAGCAGAGAGGUGCGAAGGGCGUUAGUCUCGAUCCGAAACUAGUGGAGCUUAGAGAAGUUGGUCGUCAUCUUUCCGAGAGGGGCGACUUCGAGGCUGGAAAAGAAUCCGGCGCAACUGGGCUGAGUCGAGAUGGGUAUGAGAAGAAUGACGAAACGCGGGUGCCGCUUGGUGAUCCUCUCGUUGAGAUGCAAGGGGUGAGGAUCAAAUACGGGAGUAAUUCUGUGCUCGGAGAUUGGCAGCAAGACGUAGAUGGCACGAAGAAAGAUGGGUUGUGGUGGGACGUUCGGCGAGGUCAACGAUGGGGCAUCUUUGGAGCAAAUGGAUCUGGGAAGACCACUCUCCUCUCUCUCAUAACCUCCGACCAUCCACAGACAUAUUCAGCUCCCGUCCGAAUCUUCCAGCGCUCGCGACUGCCAUCCCCUGGUAUCCCUGGUAUCUCCAUCUUCGACAUCCAAUCCCGCAUGGGCCACUCUUCUCCUGAAGUCCAUGCUCUCUUUCCCAAACAGCUCUCUCUUCGACGAACCCUCGAAUCCGCAUGGGCAGAUACUCCCCUCACGAGACCCGCUCUCAACGCCGAAGCAGGCAGCCGCAUAGACGCAUGUCUCCGUUGGUUCGAGGUUGAUCUGAAUCCCCAACUCGCCGAAACAGCAUCGUCAAACCUGGAGUGGUCAUCCAGCACCCUCUUCGGUCAGGUCUCAUACAGCGCCCAACGUGUUCUGCUCUUCCUCCGUGCUGUGAUCCGCCAUCCAGACAUCUUGAUUCUUGACGAAGCUUUCAGCGGUAUGGAUGACCUCGUGCGAGACAAAUGCUUGCUCUUCCUCACGCGGGGCGAAGGUAUGACGUUGACGUAUACCGACAAGGGAAGUGUUCCGGUGCCCAGCGCCAAGGCAAAGAGCAAUGAAGUCGUGGUGGAAGGGCUGCAAGACCAUCAGGCAAUGCUGUGUGUGAGCCACAGUCGGCAGGAAGUUCCGGGUUGUGUGAGAGAGUGGGUGUGUUUGCCGGAGUCAGGGACUGGGCAGCCAAGGUUCGGCAGAUUUUCCGGCCCAGUGGAGUCGAGCUAUCGGCGAUGGGAGGAGAUUUGGAAAAGGAGCUGACGACUUCAAAGGUCCGCUAGAUAGCAAGGGGCAUCCUGCUUGGUCAGUAGACUCCUUCAGUGAUGGCCAUCAACACGAAACUGGCAGCUCGAGCCCAGCCUCUGACCCGGUUGAACCGCUGUUCAUAUCGUCCUCGUAUUCCAACAGCUGCAGAAGUCCGCUCGAAUCUAGAGGAGCCUCACCAAGAAGACUUGGUUUUGAUGGC